AUGCCAGUGCCUAACCCAUCAUUGCUUACACCUCAAAACACCAUAGAAAAUGGCAUGGAAGGAGAGAAACUAAAACUUGAUGCAUCUUUUACACCAAACCAAGAUAUCAUACCCUCUCAGUUCAUAUGGCCAGACCAUGAGAAGCCAUGCCUAAAACCACCAGAACUCCAAGUUCCACCAAUUGACAUGAAGGCCUUUCUCUCAGGAGAUCCACAAGCUAUGUCAAAUGUUUGUGCAAAAGUGAAUGAGGCAUGCAGGAAGCAUGGCUUCUUUCUUGUUGUUAAUCAUGGAGUUGAUAACAACCUCAUAGCUCAAACUCAUAAGCUCAUAGAUGAUUUCUUCUGCAUGCAACUGUCAGAGAAACAAAGGGCUCAGAGAAAGGUUGGAGACCAUUGUGGCUAUGCUAAUAGCUUCAUAGGAAGGUUCUCCUCCAAACUUCCUUGGAAGGAAACACUUUCUUUCCGUUACUCUGCUGACAAGUCCACCAAAACUGUGGAGGACUAUUUUGUUAAUGUCAUGGGAGAAGAUUUCAGGCAAUUUGGGAGAGUGUACCAAGAAUACUGUGAAGUCAUGAGCAAUCUCUCUCUUGGGAUCAUGGAGGUUCUUGGGAUGAGCCUAGGAGUUGGCAGAGAAUAUUUCAGAGAUUUCUAUGAAGGAAAUGACUCCAUAAUGAGAUUGAAUUACUACCCACCAUGCCAAACACCUGAGUUAGCUUUAGGAACUGGCCCUCAUUGUGACCCUACAUCCCUAACCAUUCUCCACCAAGAUCAAGUUGAGGGUCUCCAAGUCUUUGUGGAUGAUAUAUGGUACUCUGUCGCUCCAAAAGAAGAUGCAUUCGUUGUGAACAUCGGUGACACAUUUAUGGCUCUAUCAAAUGGGAUUUUCAAGAGUUGCUUGCAUAGAGCAGUAGUGAAUAACAAAGUUGUGAGAAAAUCACUUGCUUUCUUUCUAUGUCCAAAUGAAGACAAAGUGGUCACUCCUCCACAGGAAUUAAUUAGCAUUGAGAAUCCAAGAUUGUAUCCAGAUUUCACAUGGCCAAGUCUUCUUGAAUUUACACAGAAGCAUUAUAGGGCUGACACAAGAACUCUUGAUGCUUUCUCGAGGUGGUUACAAGAGAAAAACAACUAG